CAGUUGUUUCAGUGUUUUGUGAUACAAUCCAUGGGCAAAAAAGUCUGUGCUGCUUGAUUGGAUUUGGAUCAAAUUCCGUUCCUGCUAUGUUAACAAUAUGAUCAAGAUCUAUAUAAAUCAGCACUGUUUAUUAACGACUUGGCAUUUUAACCAACAACCAUCAACGGUUCAGGAUAGAUGCUCACAUAAUCUUCAUGGGGAAAUGAUGAACCUUAGCUCCACUGUAUAUUUUAUUAAUUAUAAUUAACCAUUUUGGCUUUUACUUGCUUUGAAAGAGAUUUGUAGUUUAAUUAUUCACACUAUUAACUUUGCGACUGGGCCCCACAGCUCAUGAUAUCUAACCGUUUUAGGGGCUGACAACAGCUUGACCGUUACAAAAAAUUAUUUUUCAAAAUUUUCAUUUCAAAAAUUUAACCCUAUUACCACUCCAGUUACUACUACUUCCAGUCCCUUCCACAGAUGUUUCUCUCGCAAGUUGGAUUUUGAACUACGAGAAGCAAAAUGUGUAGUGGCACUAGCACCAAACUUCAAAAGUUUCACCUUGCCCGCUUUAUUACUAGCCCUUGGUGUCUCCUCCAAAUUAACUCGCAAAGUCGCAAUCUUGCUCUUUCCCCCUUCUCCCUUUCCAUUUCUCCUUUUAGCUGCAAUUCAGUUCCAUAUCCCAUCAGUUCCUCAACUUUCCAGGGAAAUUUCAAAACUUUCUUGCAUUUAUAGCAGUUAAUCGAACUGGGUUGGAGGAAAAAACCAUAAAGGCAUGUUUGAGUAGCGAGAAAAUUUAGAAUGCCAGUGUCAACCAGGUCUCAAAUCAACAACCAAGACCAAAAUGGCUCAAACACAGAGCAAAGAACAAGAAAUACCUCGGAUCAAGAAGGGACCCAUGCGAGCGUUCCAUUAAGAAACCCUCACCAAGGCUUGAAAGAGAAACUGAAAGCUUUGACUCUCUUGUAUGAGCAGCAAAAAAAAGCUUCUUCAACUCUGAGGAACCUCUCUCCCAAACCUGAAGACAAAAGAUUCUCGACAAAUCCAAGCGUGGAUCUCCUCAGUUCUUGCAGAAAAAAGGAGAAAGAUUUUGAAGAAACCAAAGAUUCUGAACAAGACAAUGUAAUUAAAGACAGUAAGAUACCUACGGUGCCUACAUUGCCUUAUGCGAUGCUUAAUUCUACAGUCACAAGAAACCUUCAAGCCCCUGCGAACGAUGCUAAGGAGAAUCCUGUGAUGGAUCCAGAUCGUGUUAUUGGGUUCUCUUUGUGUGCAAGAAAAGCCAAUGUUUCAACUACGGUCGCGAGGAAGCUUUCGAUGGAAAGUUCAGUGCCACAAACAGAGCCAAGAGGGUUUCUUGGGAACGAAAAUGUGCUAGAAGUAGGAAAAUUGGAGGCUGUUUACCAGAAAAAUGAGGCUAGUGAAAGCCGCAUUUUAGUGUUUGUGAGGCUUAGGCCUAUGUUCAGGAAAGAAAGAGAGGCUGGUUUGCGCUGCUGUGUGAAGAUUGUGAAUAGAAAAGAUGUGUAUUUGACCGAGUUUGCUAAUGAGAAUGAUUAUCUUAGGCUAAAGAGGAUUCGUGGACGCCAUUUCGCCUUUGAUGCUUCCUUUUCGGAUUCAACUUCUCAACAGGAAGUUUAUUCUACCACGACAGCAGACCUUGUGGAGGCAGUGUUGCAAGGAAGGAAUGGAUCAGUAUUUUGCUAUGGUGCCACUGGUGCUGGAAAAACAUACACAAUGCUUGGGACAACGGAGAAUCCUGGAGUGAUGGUAUUGGCAAUUAAGGAUCUUUUCACCAAAGUUAGACAGAGAAGUUGUGAUGGAAACCAUACAGUUCGUCUUUCAUACCUUGAAGUUUAUAAUGAAACUGUCAGAGAUUUGCUCUCUCCUGGAAGGCCUCUAGUGCUCAGAGAAGAUAAACAGGGAAUUAUAGCAGCUGGCCUCACUCAGUACAGAGCUUAUUCUACAGAUGAAGUAAUUGCAUUGCUUCAAAAAGGAAAUCAAAACCGAACAACUGAACCGACGCGUGCCAACGAAACCUCUUCAAGAUCACAUGCUAUUCUGCAGGUUGUGGUUGAAUACCGAGUUAAGGAUGCUUCCAUGAAUGUUGUAAAUAGAGUGGGGAAGCUCUCACUUAUUGAUCUUGCUGGGUCAGAGAGAGCUCUAGCAACUGAUCAGAGAACUCUUAGAUCACUUGAGGGUGCAAACAUAAAUCGGUCACUCCUUGCACUAAGCAGCUGCAUCAAUGCCCUUGUUGAGGGUAAGAAACACAUACCAUAUCGAAACUCCAAGCUCACUCAACUUCUCAAGGAUUCAUUAGGUGGAGUUUGCAACACUGUAAUGAUUGCAAAUAUCAGUCCAGGCAAUCUCUCAUUUGGUGAAACUCAAAACACCCUGCAUUGGGCUGAUCGAGCGAAGGAGAUUCGAACCAAGGCAUGUGAGGCAAAUUUUCAAAUACAACAUCUACCAGAAUCUGAAACUGAUAAGGCCAAGUUAUUACUUGAAUUGCAAAAAGAGAACCGUGAAUUGCGAAUACAAUUAGCUCGCCAGCAACAAAAGCUACUAACCCUCCAAGUACAAUCCUUGGCUGCAAAUGCCUCCUCAACCCCUUCAUCAAUUUCCUCUCUCCUAACUCCUAAUUCCCAAACAAAUGAUAAACGAAAAACUAGGCCUUCCACUUUAGCUGGAAACUGUUUCACUCCUGAAUCUAGGAAAAGGAGAGAAGAUGACACAGUUAGAGAGCUUCAGCGAACUGUGAAGACAUUAGAGGCAGAGAUUGAGAGAAUGAAGAAAGAACAUGGGUCACAAAUAAAAAAGAAGGAUGAACGUAUUUAUGAGCUUUCUCGUAAGAGUGUGAAAACACUGGGAAGAGAUUCAAAAGAAGGGACAAAGAGAGUGGUAACUAGAGCCAGCUUGAGACCGAAGGAAUCAAACAUUGGUGAGUUGAAGAGUCCAAGUCACCGCUUCAAGUCACCGGCUCCAACUACAAAGAAACGAAGCUUUUGGGAUAUAACAACCGUUAACAGCCCAUCCAUGGCUACACUAACAAACGGAAGAAAAACAAGAGGUUGUGUAAUUGCAGAACCUGCAGUAGCUCCUUCCAUGCUUCUUCAGGUAUUUGCUCUCCUCCUUUGUUUUCCCCUGCACAAUAGAAACAGUAUCAUUUUCUACAACUAAAAGACAAAUGGAAACAAAAAAUGAACAGCAGUGUAAGUAACCUAAAAUGGAACUGUACUGGUGUUAGGGUUUAAGUCUAACUUAAAGUUUUCGUAACUGGUGACAAGCCUAGCAUACAUAUGAUAUAUUGACAUAUCCUUGAGGUCUCAACAUAUAUAAACAUUAAAUUUUAAAACUCAAACAUGUUUAGAUAAACAAACAGGCCCUCAUCAAAUGCUCCAAAAUAUGUAGUCACACACUCUUGAGUUCAAGCAUCAAUACAUGUGAUCAUACAUGCUCUUAAGUACAAGUUUUAUCAAUCAAUUAAACAUACAUUUGACGACCUUACAACCAUCCAGGGUACAAUAUAUAAAAUUUCGGGCCAAGUACAAUAUUCUAUGCUAUAAAAUAUUGCAUGUCCACUAUAAUACAUUUAAGGCUAUUACAUAUUGUACAUAUAUUUAAAGGAGUUCUCUAUUUGAUGCUUCCAAACUUGCAAAUCCAGGGGUUAGAGGAGAGGUUAAGCUACUGAACAUAGUUUAGUGAGUAAAACAUAAAUUUUAUUUUAAAAUUUUUUUAAUCACAUACCACGUUGUAUAAUACACACAUUUCACAAAUAAUCUGCCAGUAGCCCCUCAAAUAUGCUCAACCUUCACUACAAUUUUCUGGGACUUCUUCUUAAAUAUACAUAAAUAAAUUUCAUAAUAUCAAGAAUGUAGAAUGGGCCUUAAUCUGUACCUUUUAUUAACAUAGUGCAAAAGCAUAGAAUUGGCCAACCUAGACUUAUCACAUCCAUCACAUCAUGUACAUAUUUCUUACUCCAUCAAUCGGUUCGGCCUGCUAGAUCCUCAACCACAAUGAAUAAUUGAUGAAAAGAAUAGAAAGCAUAGUGGUAUAGAUAUAGAGGAACUUCACGUCACCGAAAUGAAAGAAGGACUCAAAACAAUGAGAUUAGAGUAAGAAUAGAAGAUCACCAAAAUAGAAAAUAUUCUCACCUCCUUGAUUCAAGGUAGGCAAUAGUAGACACGGUAGAAACUUUCAACCGAGCUUAUCAAGCCACACCCAUUGGUGACACUUCAAAUCUAAUAUCUCUUUGUUGAUGCUCCAUUACCAGCAAUAAAGGUCGAAAUUCUCAAAUUUAAUGGAGUGGAUCAGAAGGGCCGAAUUACUCAUGCGCAAAUAUAUUUCAAAAACUGUAGUACCGAUGAUGUAAUAAAGAUUUAUGUGCCUUUAUUUAGAAUGGUGGGAGCUCAUCUCUUCUGGUUUCAUAGACUUUGACACAAAAUUUCUCAUCUCUCUAGGGAGAAAUUUACUAUCCCACUAUGGUGGGGUUCACAAAAGAAAGUUGUGCAAAGCAUACCGCCAACCUUCAAUAGAGUGUGGUGAUGACAACAUUUCCAGAGCAGUACAUUUAAAAUGAGAAUCCAAACUUGAAACAUGCGACAACAACAUUUUAAGGGUAGCAUCAGCAACAAAAAUUUUGAGUUUUCACCAUUUGUUACAUAUAAAGAAAAAAUCUUAGGAGAAAAUUAAUUUUUUUUCAAUCAAUGGUGGAUGUACAAAUCAAAAGAGACCUCAAAUAUGCAACAGAAAUUUACUCCUUUUUUCUACCUGUACGUCGAGGAAGAAGAUGCUAGAACAUGGGCUUAGAAAAAAAAAAUCAAAUGUCCAUGUUCACCUACGAGCCCAAGCCCAAGGCCUAGACAAGUCUCAUUUGACCCACAACACUUUAAAGACCCACUUGCCAAGCCUGUAGAUAAAGUUUAAGAAGUUUGAAGUCUUCCUAUUCCAAUACAAUCAUUGUUUGUUUCAAUAUUCUAUCAAUCUCCUACUUGUGCUAAGGGAUGAGAAGCACAAGUAGAUAAUGUAUGCAAAGUUUGCGGUGCAUACAAUAUUUAUACCUAGACAGAUACUCGGUCUUAAACUAUCACAAAAUUGUAAUUAAUAUUUAGAUUUUUUAUGACUGAAGUUGUAAUACCCGGCUAGAAUCCGGUAUCGAAAUUCCUACCGUCCAGUGGAAUCUCGGAUGUCGGAAACCUCUAGAA